AUGGAGGAAAAGUGUUAUUUCUCACAAAUGGAUGUUGGUGUGAGAUAUGAGACCUUUGUGAUAGGGUCCGAUGAAGGCCUGCAGAUCUUGCUUCACUACAGGCGUAGUUUUUCGGAGGUGAGAAUACCGAAGCUGCUUGCGAAGUUGGAAGAUGGUGUCGACAGCUCUGGGGCAUCGUCACCGAAUUCUCAGUCGACAACGGUGGGUGGUGCCUCGACAUCGAUGCCUGUGGUAGCAGCGGCAAUUAUGAUUCCUGAUCCUCAACGUGUUACGGCUGUUCAUGCUGGUGUACCUCCUGUUGUGCUUGAUUUUGAAUUUGAGGCCGGACCGGAUCGAGUUGAGAAUGCGAUGCAGGACAAUGAUUCGGAUGACGAGCCGGUCACAAUUUGUGGGGACAGUGAUGAUGAUAUUCCGAGCAGUACACCUACACCCCAUGGAGCUUUCGGUUCUGGCACACAACAGUAUCCUCCGCACCUGUCAUCGUUGAACUUGGAAGCCAUUGGCCAACACCAGAAUGAAGAGAUUGGCCAAUCGUUCCAGAGUAAGGAGGAAGUUGUGCUGAGUGUAAAAGAUUACAACAUUCGGCGUGGAAUUGAGUACAGAGUUAUGCAGUCAGACCAUCUGAAAUACCAAGGGAUAUGCAAGGAGUUUGGUAACGGAGCUGAUGCGUCAAUUACGAUUAAGGUGCUGCAAGAGGCAACGCAAGCAACAUAUGGUUUCAGGCCUAGUUAUAACAAGGUGUGGUUGACGAAGCAGAAGGCAGUAGCACAGAUCUAUAGCGACUGGGAGGAGUCCUAUAGUGAUCUGCCCCGCUGGAUCCUUGGGGUCACAUCCACCAUGGACAGUUCCGUUGCUCUGCUGAAGACCUCCCCGGUUAGAGUGGGUGAUCAGGUUGAUGAAUCUAGAGGCUACUUUCAUCGCAUGUUUUGGACAUUCCCUCCAUGUAUUGAGGCAUUCCGACACUGUAAGCCGCUUGUCAGUAUCGGCGGAACACACCUGUAUGACAAGUAUGGAGGGACGUUGUUGUUGGCGAUUUCUCAAGAUGAAAACUCGAAUAUAUUGCCUGUUGCGUUUGCACUUGUGGAGGAGAAAAAUGCAAAGUCUUGGUUCAGCAUACAUCUGUGA